AUGCUCGCAGCUCAUGGCACAAUGAGGGCAAGGAACUGCCUCCUGCGACUGGCGUGGACCACCAAGGUGGCUGACAAUGCUAAAUGGUAUGCCAACCAGAGGAGGAAGGGCUGCCAUCUGAUUUAUUCGACGGGCGACUAUGGUGAGAACAUCAUUUGGGGUCGAGGGAAGCGAUGGAAGGGGACAGAUGCCGUCACAGACUGGGCUGAUCAUGAAGUGUACUAUGACUACGAGCGUUAUACUUGUAUGCCGAAUCAAGACUGCUUGCACUAUAUGCAGUUGGUGUGUAGUACUAGGCGAGUGAGAUGUGCUAGGGUCAAGUGUGCCAAUCGUAAUACCUACGUCGUGUGUGAGUACGAUCCUCAUGGGUAUGUAAUCGGACAAAGGCGAUACUGA